AUGGUGAGCUGGGAUCCUCAUUUCACCCCACGGGUGACGGACCCAAACUGGCCGAAUGAUCGAGAGAUACCACAAGUGGUCACGCCGGUUGAGCCCUUGUACGAGUUCAACAUGGAAACUUUCUUCAAAAGGCAUUCUAUUGGCACCCAGAACGAGUUCCUCCUUGAGAAAGAAGAAAUCGAGGCAUUCAACACCCAAAGACAUUCGUUCAAGGCAUGGCCGAUCUUCUACAUCCGCCAAAUGGUGAACUCGGCCGUACUGCUCUUCUUUGUGGAGCCAUCCGGCCAUGACUCGAUGCUGCCCAAGGAGGGCGAGAAUUGCGACAUCUCCAUUCCGGGAUUCAACAGCAAGUCUCCCGCCACCCGCGUCGACAACCCUUGCUCCCUGUGGCGCGUCAGGAAUGAACUCUGGGAGAAGUGCUCCGCCUUUCACGUUCAUCUCACAGGAAAGGACAACAUCAUGGCCAAGUUCCCUCGUCUCCAAUUGGCACAGGGGAGAAGAAGCAUACCUCCAAUCUCGCAGCUGGAAACCCUUCGGGUGUCCUUCAAGCUUCGGGUGUCGACUUCGACCAGAAAUGCGGAGCUUGGGGCUCUCUGGUCCCUCGAUCAGGGAGUGAAAGGGCAUGGGGACGGACACUCGCCGUGGCAAAUCGAAGCAUACAAGUACUUCGUCCUCUUGGGCCAUCCGACGGGACACAUGCCUCUAUUUUCGCUCUUUCCACACAUGUUGGACGCGUUCGUGAGACCCGACUCGAUUCCACCUCAGCUACUGCGGCUUUUCCAGACCCUGAACGACCAGCAGCAGCACGCUUUCCAGCAACUGCUCCGCGAGAUCCCCAACGGCAUAUGCGUCGUUCACGGCUGUCCUGGAGCGGGAAAGACUCACUGGAAUCUCGUCGUGGCGGCCGCCCUGCAGUCAAAGGACGAGAUCACUUAUCCUGGACGAGAGUCGCCAGAGCCUCGGAAGAACAAGGUCCUGUAUCUCAUCGACAUCAACCGCCCUUUGACGGAUGCUGCGAACAAGAUGGCCCGCUUGUAUGAUGACCUGGAACUCACCAAGACGAGCGAGAUCGAUGGGUCGACCGUCCCGAGGACCGCCAUCCGGAUGCACUGCUGGAGCUAUGAGAAGCUGACGCCGAGGCGGAGGCAGCUAGAGGCCCAGUGGGAGGAACUCAAUCACCGGAUGAGCCAAAUCGAACCCGCCGAGGGAAAUCAACAGGGGAGUGGAGGACAGCAGAACUCCGGCCGGGGCCCCUUGCAAGAGUAUGAUGCCCAGGCGGAUGACAGCGAGAGGCUCCAGAUCCACCGCUUCGCUCCGGCCUUCAACAUCGCGGAGGCCGAGAGCAGGAACAGGCCUGAUCAACAAUCGGAGCGCGUUGCUCCCUCCCUUGACGAAGCAGCAUUGGCGCUGUACGAGAAACACAAGGACACCACGUACCGGAGGCUCCAGGGCAUCCGCCGCCGCCUGCAACGCCUAGGAAGCACCGACCUCGAGGAGCUCGAGAACGAGGAGCUGGAGACGCUCUAUCGUGACACCCUGAUGGACGCCGACAUGGUCUUCACGACGCCCGUCUCCGCGAGCAAGUUCUCCUCGUCCCUGUUCUCCCCGACCUUGGUAAUCUUCGACGAGAGCCCCCACGCGCGCGAGCUGUCCAACCUGAUCGCCGUCGCCAAGUUCAACCCGGCGGCGUGGAUCUUCUCGGGUGACGUGAGGCAGACCAAGCCAUUCGUGGGGUCCCUGGCACACGGCCCAUGCAGGAACCAGUUCGGGCCUCAGCUACAGGUAUCCAUGAUGGCCCGGGCAGAUCUGAGGUUCCCGGGCGCGGAAUCUCUGAACAUGAACCACCGUGCCUACGGAGGCUUGCAGCAGCUGGCCUCGGCGGCCAUCUACAACAACAGGAUGCUGCCGGCCAACGACCCCGCGGCGCCCGGCGGCCUGCCACGAAGCACAAUUCACCUUCGCAACAGGUACAUCAUGCCGAUGAAGCACAACCAAGGCAGCCAGGUGUCCCGCCUUCUCGUGAGCCUCAGAGAACCCGGCGCGGCGCGGAAGGCCGACGACAAGAGCUGGUGUCACCCGGGGCACCAGCGCUGGGUCAUGGACCUGGUCCUCAAGCUCCUCAGGGACGACGACUUCAAGCAGACCAGCGGCGCCGGCCAGGGGACCAUCCUCAUCAUGGCGCCCUACACGGCGGCGUUCCGCCGGUACCGCAAGGCCAUCACGGACUUAAGGAUUCGUCACCCAGCAUUCAAGGACCGCGUCGUCGAGGCCCGGACCAUCGACUCGGCGCAGGGCCACGAGGCGGACGUGGUUAUACUGGACUUUGUGCGCCAGCGGCCCACGGACUUCCUCGAGGACCGCAGCCGCCUCUGCGUCGGCCUGACUCGGGCGAGGCAGGCCGAGUUUCUUCUCAUGCACCCGGACCUGGUCCGCGCCGUGGAGGGCGGGAGGCGCAGCUGCCUGAAGAACGUGGUGGCGCUCUGCAAGGGGGCGGGAGAGUUCGUCAGCGACCCGGCUCCGCUGCCCGAGGUUGUGCGCCGUCCGGUCCGUCGUGAGCCGGCGCCGCGUCGCGCUGAGGUUGUGAUUGUGCCGAGCCCUCCGGGACGGGGGGGUGCCUUUGACUUUUCUGGCAUCCUCUUGUCCCUGUUGGACCCGGGCCGCGGCUCGUCUGGGGCUGACGCCUUCUCGCCGCGGCUGUUGCAGGAGGAAUGGGCCCGGCUCCUCGCACGCCGUGCUUCGGGCUCGGCGCAGGCUCCGCUCCGGGUCCAGCGGGACUCUGCUGCUACUCGCGUGGCUGGCCGGGAGUGA